CAUUCUGCACAGCUGCGCGAGGAGGGAGGAGGAGGCACCGAUCACACAGUAGAGGAGUAUUUGCCUGGCGCGCGGGGGACUACUCCGGCUCUCUGGACUCGCUGUUCGCUGUCUCGCGCUCGACUCCCCCCCCCCAACCCCACCACCCCCGGUUCUCCUCUCAGAAUGUUCUCGCUGUACUCUCACACAUUUAUACACGGAAACUAAACGACGGAGCGGAGUGCCCGACAAUACUAGCCCAAAUGAUCACUCUCUCCGCCGAAAUGGACGAGUCGUCGUCGCUGCUGGAUCUGCUGGAGUGCUCGGUGUGUCUGGAGCGCUUGGACACCACGGCGAAAGUGUUGCCGUGCCAGCACACCUUCUGCCGCCGCUGUCUGGAGAACAUACUCAGCUCCAGGAACGAGCUCCGCUGCCCAGAAUGUCGUAUCUUGGUGGACUGCGGGGUGGACGACCUCCCGGCCAACAUCCUCUUGGUCCGGCUCCUGGACGGCAUCAAGCAGCGGCCACUGCGAGGGAAUGGUGCGGGCGGUAGGCAGUCUCUGCCCGGGGGCUCGCUGCAGUUAUACGCUGGCGGGAUCUCUGCUUCGCCCCCCGGCACCGGAAUCAGAGAAUUGCCCUUAGCCACAAGGAACUCGCCCAUUAAGAACGUUCCGGCGCUGCCCUGCGGCAAGGCCCUCUACUCCUACGAGGGCAAGGAGCCCGGCGACCUGCAGUUCACCAAGGGCGACAUCAUCAUCCUGCGACGCAAGGUGGACGACAACUGGUACCACGGCGAGCUCAACGGCUGCCACGGCUUCCUGCCGGCCAGCUACAUCCUGCUGCUGCGGCCGCUCAGCCAGACCCCGCCGCAGGGCAAGGCCCUGUACGACUUUGAGGUCAAAGACAAGGACCAGGACAAGGACUGUCUGGCGUUCAGCAAGGAUGAGGUGUUGACGGUAAUACGGCGAGUGGAUGAGAACUGGGCCGAGGGCAUGUUGGGGGACAAGAUUGGCAUCUUCCCUAUUCUCUAUGUGGAGUUGAACGAAACCGCCAAGCAGCUGAUGGAGAUGGACAAGUCUGUGGUGGCCCCUGUCCCCGGGCCGAGCUCAGCCCCCUCCCCGGCUCCUGCCCCCGCCCCCGCCCCGUUAGGCCCCUGCUCCCCGGGCCCCUCCCCCGGCCCCUCCCCGUCCAAUGGGAACAGUGGGUGCCACAGGCGGGGCGAAGGGAAGAAGAACGCCAAGAAGCGGCACUCGUUCACGGCCCUGUCCAUCAGCCAGCGGGCGGCCCAGCUCAACAACAGCAGACACAGUAUGGAGAUCUCCCACCCGGUCCUCAUCAGCUCCUCGGACCCCCGGGCCGCUGCACGCAUACACGACGUGUCUCCCGCGGGGCCUUCGCCCUCCUCCGCGGGGGUGCUCGUGCCCCCCAGGGUGGCAUCGGUGACCUCGGAGCUGCUGGCUCACGCCAAGGUGCAGCUGCCGCUCAACAUCUACCUGGCCCUCUAUGCCUACAAGCCCCAGAAGGCCGAUGAGCUGGAGCUGAGGAAGGGGGAGAUGUACCGCGUGACGGAGAAGUGCCAGGACGGCUGGUUCAAGGGCACCUCGCUGCGGACCGGCGCCUCGGGUGUCUUCCCCGGGAACUACGUCACCCCCGUCUCCAGGGCUCCGUAUGCCGCCGGCUCCGCCCGCAGCUCCUGUAUGACCGGAGGCGGCGGCGGGGGCAGUGGCCAGCCGGGCAGCAAGGUCUCCACCCCGUCCUCGUCCCCGGGCUCCCCGGGGCCGUCGCCCCGCCCCUCCACGCCGCAUGCCGGCUCGGACGCGGCCCCCGCCUCCUCCCCGCAGUCGGCCGCCGCGCAGCUCAAGAACUGCCUGCGCUCCUGCCAGCAGAGUGCCAGCCAGGCCCGCAGUGCCAUGCAGCUGGUACACAGCCCCCCUGCCGGCAGCCCCGAGCGCCCCCCCGGUGGGGGGGUGUCGCCCCUGCCGCUGCGGCCCCAGAGCUCCUGCUCCUCCCCGUGCCGCGCGCAGCAGCACGGCGGCUCCCCGGGGCCCCGCCCGCUCUCCAUGGUGUGCACCACGUCCCCGGGGCCCUCGCCGCUCUCCUCCCCGGCCGCCCGCCACCCGCUGCUCCCCCUGGCCUGCCUGACCCCGCCCAACGCCUCGGCGGCCCUGCUGAACGGCUGCGAGUCGGCCGGCCCCUCGCCCUCGUCCCCCGGGGGCCCCUUCCCCGGGACCACCAUCACUGCCAAGCCAGAGAAGAAGGAGAAGAAGGCGGGGGGUCUGCUGAAGCUGCUGUCCGGGGCGGCGGCCAAGAAGAAGUCGCGCUCCACGCCGUCCUCCCCGCCGACCCACGAGCCCCGCACGCCGUCGUCCUCGGGCCACGCCCACCACCUGCUCCACCUCCACCACCACCACCACCAGCACCACGCCUCCUCCGCCUCGGGCCACUGCUCCCUGGAGUCCCUGGGCCGGGCGGGCUCCUGCCCCAUCGAGAGCGAGACGGGCGGCGCCGCGGGCCUGGAGCCCCUGCACAGGAAGUCGGGCUCGCUGGACACCACCUUCCCCAUGUCGCCGGCCACGGCGCGCUCCGGCAGCGCACUGCUGGCCCUGCGGCCCGAGACCAAGCCCCUGUCCCGGGAGAGGUACCGAGUGGUGGUGCCCUACCCUCCCCAGAGCGAGGCGGAGAUCGAGCUGCGGGAGGGCGACGUGGUGUUCGUCCACAAGCGGCGCGACGACGGCUGGUACAAGGGCACCCUGCAGCGCACCGGCCGCACCGGCCUCUUCCCCGGCAGCUUCGUGGAGAGCUUCUGA